AUGCUAUCGGAUUACUGGUACGCCUUUCAACAAGAGUUGUUCCCGAGGCUGGAGAGCGAGCUUGGCCCGAUGGGCGAGCGCUACGAGCUGUUCGUCGCGGUUCUGGAACUGGUGCGGGUCGAGGCUCUUCUGCCCUACUUCCGCGGCCAGGUAGGGCGUCCGGAGGAGGACCGCGCGGCGCUGGCGCGCGCCUUCAUAGCCAAGGCGGUGUUCGACAUUCCGACGACGCGCGGCCUGAUCGAGCGUCUUGAGGUUGACGGCAGGCUAUGGCGGCUGUGCGGCUGGAGCGGUGCCGGCCGGCUUCCGAGCGAGGCGACGUUUUCGCGGGCCUUUUCCGAGUUUGCCGAGAGCGGUCUGGCCAGCCGUCUGCAUGAGACGCUGAUUGCGCGGACGAUGGAUGGCCAUCUUGUCGAGCACAUCUCGCGGGAUGCGACGGCGAUCGAGGCGCGGGAGAAGGCGGCGCCGAAGCCGAAGGCAGCGAAGCCGAAGCGGCGCAAGCGGGGGCGGCCACGCAAGGGAGAGGCGCGGGCGAAGGAGCCGAGCCGGCUGGAACGGCAACUGACGAUGAGCCUUCCGCAGAUGCUGGCGGACCUGCCGAGGGCCUGCGAUGUCGGCACCAAGCGCAACGCCAAGGGCCAUACCACCUCCUGGAUCGUCUAUGGACGCCCCCGGUGA